CGGAGCGCGAGGAGCGUUUUGGAUUGAAGUUGGUGAUGGAGCGAACGCCAAGAGGCUCGCGAUGAGGAGCCUUUUUCUGGCAUUUUGAUUUGUGUUAUUUCCCCUCUUUUUUUCCCCCUCCUUUUUUUUUACUGUAUUUGCGCCGAUCUGCCGCCUCAAGACGCGUGUUUGAGCUCCUCUAUCUCUGGGGGCGCAGCGCGUCAGCCCUGCGCUGGCCGCGGAUGGAGCUGCCUCGUGUUCAACUUGGAUGCGCCUCUCUCCUUCGGUCUCAUCACUUAAGUUCGCGGCGAUAGCGGUGAACUGAGGGCGGAUGGGGAAGGGAAGGAGGGAACGCGGGGACCGACGUUCAUGGCUUCAAGGCGCGUCGGGGUCCAGUGAUUUGCCCCUUCCUUCUUUCACGGUUACGCAACAAAUUUCACCACCGAAUGACUUAAAACGAGAAGGAAAUCAAUAUCGGGGACUUUUUGAACCCCGAGGACGACUUCGGUUGUGAUUGUGUUCAUUUUUCGCUUUUGUUUUUGAAAGCAAGGCGGUUGGAAUAUCGAGCCUGCUCAUGGGGGAGACGCAGUGUUCGGGCUCUGGAGUUACAGUGAAGAAUUUGGAAAGUGGCGCUCACGUUUGAGGAUUGCCAGGGCGUUUUUUUUUUUGCUUUUUUUUAAACUAUUUUUUUUCUCCUGCACAACUCAGACGUCCAGUUUGAUGUCUGAACAGACUCUUAGGUUGCCAUGAGUGAGGAGGAGGAGGGCCCCGGUGUUGCAGCAUCAGCGUCCACGCAGUCAGCCGCCAGGACGGCACCGGCCGCAGCCAAAGGCAGAGAUGGUGUCGUUUCGUCCUCGCCCCCCUGCAGGCCCUCUCCUCGCUACCGCGUCUGUCCCCAGGAAAAGGAGGCAGAAGAGGAAGAGAAGGGCAUCAUUCGGGAAGAGAGGCUCGAAGAAGAAGAAAAGGAGCUGAAGGUGGUGGAGGAGCGCGAGGACGACGGCGAGGAUGAUGGCGACGGCAGCAGCGACACCAGUGUGCUGGUCGUUCCCUAUCCUGAGCUGGUGCCUGUGGUCUUCUUCUGUCUGAAGCAGACAACCUGCCCACGCAGCCUCUGCAUCCGCAUGGUCUGCAGUCCGUGGUUCGAGCGUGUGAGCAUGAUGGUGAUCCUGCUGAACUGCGUGACUCUGGGGAUGUACCAGCCCUGCGAGAACAUUGACUGCUCCUCAGACCGCUGCCAGAUAUUACAGGCGUUUGAUGCGUUCAUCUACAUCUUCUUUGCCAUGGAGAUGGUCAUAAAGAUGGUCGCUCUGGGAAUCUUCGGACGCCGCUGCUACCUUGGAGACACGUGGAACCGACUGGAUUUCUUCAUCGUCAUGGCAGGGAUGGUUGAAUAUUCCCUGGAUUUGCAGAACAUCAACUUCACAGCUAUCAGGACGGUGAGGGUGCUGCGGCCUCUCAAGGCCAUCAACAGGGUGCCGAGCAUGCGUAUCCUGGUGAACCUGCUGCUCGACACGCUGCCCAUGCUGGGUAACGUGCUCCUCCUCUGCUUCUUCGUUUUCUUCAUCUUCGGCAUCAUCGGGGUGCAGCUGUGGGCGGGGCUGCUCAGGAACCGCUGCUACCCAGAGGAGAACUUCACACUGACCACAGGUAUUGGUCUCCCCAAACCUUACUACAUGGCCGAUGAAGAUGACGAGCGGCCCUUCAUCUGCUCCUUACCCGUCGACAACGGCAUCAUGUCCUGCUCAGACGUCCCAGCCCGCCGUGAAGGAGGCCGGGCUUGUUGUUUGGACAAAGAGGACGUCGUCUACCGUCAGUCCAUUGGACUGAGUCCUGAACCUUUGACCAAUAACACCUUCAGUGUAGCUGGCCUGUGCGUCAACUGGAACCAGUACUAUACUAGAUGUCAUACUGGAAGCAGCAACCCACACAAAGGUGCCAUCAAUUUUGAUAACAUUGCCUAUGCCUGGAUUGUCAUCUUUCAGGUGAUCACUCUGGAGGGUUGGGUGGAGAUCAUGUACUAUGUAAUGGAUGCUCACUCUUUCUACAACUUUAUCUACUUCAUCCUCUUAAUAAUAGUCGGUUCCUUCUUCAUGAUCAACCUGUGCCUUGUGGUCAUCGCAACCCAGUUUUCAGAGACCAAGCAGCGGGAGCACCAGCUAAUGCAGGAGCAGCGAGCUCGGUGCUCGUCCUCUUCGACGUUGGCCAGCGAGCCGGGAGAUUGCUACGAAGAACUCUUCCAGCUGGUCUGCCACUGCCUCCGCAAGGCCAGGAGGCAAACUAUUGCCUUUUUUAACAGUUUGCGAGGUAAACCCCGUGGGUUUCGGGGCGUUGGGCGAGGAAGACGAGGUGGGGACGAGAGGGAGAAGAAGGCCAAUGGAAGGCGAGAACUUGAGAGAAGACUUGUGUCCAGGCCUGGUCAUCCGUGCCCUCAUCAUCAUAAACCAGUCCACGUCUCGUCAGCUGAGCCCGUAGCCCUGACCGCUGCCUCGAAAGUAGACGGUUGUCCUCUGUGUGCUGCAGCACCGGAACUUAAAGACGGAGUGGGAACUGUCUGUGUCGCUGGCGAUGAAACAGAGGAGGAAGCCGUGGACAAAACCGAUAAUGAGGAUAAGCAAAAACAAGGGACCAAAGACGAGGACAAAACCCCCCCGAAAAGAGCAGAGAACCAUACAGGAUGUAGUCCAAAGAAACGAUGCAAAGAACUUUGGCAGGACACGAGGAAGAAGCUGUGGGGCAUUGUAGAGAGCAAGUACUUUAACCGAGGCAUCAUGAUCGCCAUCCUUAUCAACACCAUCAGCAUGGGGAUUGAGCACCACGAGCAGCCGGAGCAGCUCACCAACGUGCUGGAGAUCUGCAACAUUGUUUUCACCAGCAUGUUCUCCAUGGAGAUGAUCCUGAAGCUCACUGCUUUCGGCUCCUUCAACUACUUGAGGAACCCCUACAACGUGUUUGACGGCAUCAUCGUCAUCAUAAGCGUUUGUGAGAUUGUGGGCCAGUCAGACGGCGGCCUGUCGGUGCUCAGGACGUUCCGGCUGCUGCGCGUGCUGAAGCUGGUCAGAUUUAUGCCGGCUCUCAGGAGGCAGCUGGUUGUCCUCAUGAAGACCAUGGACAACGUGGCCACCUUCUGCAUGCUGCUCAUGCUCUUUAUCUUCAUCUUUAGUAUCCUUGGGAUGCACAUCUUUGGUUGUAAAUUUAGUCUGAAGACAGAAACUGGGGAUACAGUCCCAGACAGGAAGAACUUUGACUCCCUGCUCUGGGCUAUCGUCACCGUUUUCCAGAUUCUGACCCAGGAGGAUUGGAACGCCGUGUUGUACAACGGCAUGGCAGCCACCUCACCGAUCGCUGCUCUUUACUUCGUGGCGCUCAUGACCUUUGGAAACUACGUCCUCUUCAAUCUGCUGGUGGCCAUUUUGGUGGAAGGGUUUCAGGCGGAGGGCGAUGCGAAUCGCUCCUACUCCGACGACGACCGCUCGUCCUCCAACUGUGACGAGAGUGAGAAACGAGACUCCAUUAAGCUGUCUGAUCCAAGGAUUUGUACUCUGACACCAAACGGUCACCUGGAGCUCGGGGCCCUGUCGGGCUCCAGGGGGUCCUACUCCUCGGUGAAGGAGUCGAGGAAGAGCAGCUUGAUGAGCUUCGGGCGGAGCAGCCUGGAGAGACGCUCCCUUUCUCUGCGCCAUGGUCGCAGUUCCAACUACCACAACUGGGGGCGACCUUUUCCUCCACAGUCUGGAUGGAGUCGCAGGUCCAGCUCCAACAGCCUUGGUAGGAGGACCUACGGUUUUUGUGGGGCGCCUCCUGUUGGCGGCAGCCUGCGUGUGCGCAGCACCCGCUCCCCAUACUCCUACCACCACGCUUCGGAGCAGGAGUCCCUUCUAUCGCACUCUCUACACUCGCAUCACUCCCAUCAUCCCCUGCCGCCCCCGAUGUUCCUCUCCAGACAUUUCGGAGGAAGACGGGAUCGGCGGGCUCUUUCCCUUGAACUCCCCGAACUGCUUAGGAUGGGCGGACAAGCUCCGGCACCGCCGCCCGUUCAGAUCCCCGACCAUGGGAGAAAGAGUGGAUCCGGGGCGGCAGGCUCACUCACCGGGGGCUCGGGAGCCGGCAGCGGUCUGGGAGCGGACCACCGUGACUGCAACGGCAAGGCUUCGGGUCACCACAACUAUCUGAUGACCGAUAUCUUCCCUCAGGUCAAUGCACGCAAGGACAGAGCAGAUCUAGACGAAGAAACAGACUAUAGUUGGUGCUUCCGUAUCCAGAAGAUGAUGGAGGUUUACAAGCCAGACUGGUGUGAGACUAGAGAGGACUGGUCUGUCUACAUGUUCUCUCCUCAAAACAAAUUCAGGCUUCUCUGUCAGUCCAUCAUUGCCCAUAAGCUCUUUGAUUACGUGGUCCUGGUCUUUAUCUUCCUCAACUGCAUCACAGUGGCUCUGGAGAGGCCUAAGAUACUUCAAGGAAGCCUGGAAAGACUGUUACUCACCCUUUCAAACUACAUCUUUACGGCCAUCUUUGUCGCAGAGAUGACAGUCAAGGUUGUGUCCAUGGGCCUGUACCUGGGAGAGAAGGCAUAUCUGAGGAGCAGCUGGAACAUCCUGGACGGUUUCCUGGUCUUUGUGUCUCUGAUUGAUAUUGUCGUGUCAAUGGCAGGAGGCGCUAAGAUCCUGGGAGUCCUGCGUGUUCUCCGGUUGCUCAGGACGUUACGGCCUCUCAGGGUUAUCAGCAGGGCUCCAGGGCUGAAGCUGGUGGUGGAGACGCUAAUUACUUCCCUCAAACCCAUUGGAAACAUUGUCCUCAUCUGCUGUGCCUUUUUCAUCAUCUUUGGCAUUCUCGGAGUUCAGCUCUUCAAAGGCAAGUUUUACUACUGCGUGGGUUCAGACGUGAAGAACAUCACGAAUAAAACGGACUGCAUCAGAGCCGGUUACCGAUGGGUUCACCACAAGUACAACUUUGACAACCUUGGACAGGCUCUUAUGUCGCUGUUUGUUCUAGCAUCAAAAGACGGCUGGGUUAACAUCAUGUACCAUGGACUGGACGCAGUGGGGAUCGACCAGCAGCCGUUGACCAACAACAAUCCGUGGAUGCUGCUCUACUUCAUCUCGUUCCUCCUGAUUGUCAGCUUCUUUGUCCUCAAUAUGUUCGUGGGCGUGGUGGUGGAGAACUUCCACAAGUGUCGGCAGCACCAGGAAGUGGAGGAGGCGAGGCGCAGGGAGGAAAAGCGCCAGCGUCGCAUGGAAAAGAAGAGGAGAAAAGCCCAGAAACUGCCUUAUUAUUCUUCCUACGGCCGUACCCGGCUGGCCAUCCAUGCUCUGUGUACUAGCCACUACCUGGACCUCGUGAUCACCUUUAUUAUCUGCAUUAACGUCAUCACCAUGUCCCUGGAGCACUACAGCCAGCCACAGUCUCUUGAGACCGCCCUGAAGUACUGCAACUACUUCUUCACCUCCACCUUUGUCAUCGAAGCGUCUCUCAAGCUAGUAGCCUUCGGCUUCCGCCGCUUUUUCAAGGACAGGUGGAAUCAGCUGGACUUGGCUAUAGUUCUGCUGUCUGUGAUGGGCAUCACUCUGGAGGAGAUCGAGAUCAACGCCUCCCUUCCCAUCAAUCCCACCAUCAUCAGGAUCAUGAGGGUGCUCCGGAUAGCCCGAGUGCUGAAAUUACUGAAAAUGGCAACCGGCAUGAGGGCCCUGCUGGACACAGUGGUCCAGGCUCUUCCUCAGGUGGGAAAUCUAGGCUUGCUCUUCAUGUUGCUGUUUUUCAUCUACGCUGCUCUUGGAGUGGAACUUUUUGGCGAGCUCGUGUGUAACGCCGACUACCCUUGUGAGGGAAUGAGCCGCCACGCCACAUUUGAAAACUUUGGAAUGGCUUUUCUUACACUCUUCCAAGUAUCAACAGGUGACAACUGGAAUGGCAUCAUGAAGGACACUCUGAGGGAGUGCCCACAACAUCUCCCAGGCACUGACUAUGGCUGCCACGCCGGGCUGCAGUUCAUCUCCCCGCUGUACUUCGUGUCUUUCGUGCUCACGGCUCAGUUUGUCCUGAUAAACGUGGUCGUCGCCGUGCUUAUGAAGCACUUGGACGACUCCAACAAGGAGGCGCAGGAGGACGCGGAAAUGGACGCGGAAAUCGAACUGGAGCUGGCUCAGGGGGGCCUCUGCUGCAUGAUGGGAAACAUCGGCGCCAUCGCGGGGGCGACAGGCGGGGCCGCAGCAGGGGCAGGUAUGGGCGGAGUGGCGGCGGGGACGGUCGGGGGUCUGGGCAGCGGAGUAACGGCGCCACUUCAAGACGAAGCAGGAGGAGGAGGCGGAAGCGGCUUGGCUCACGACGGACACGCCCACCCGCGAUGUCGGCUCUACUCGCCAUCUCAAGAGAGCCAGUGGCUGGACAGUGUGUCUUUGCUGAUUAAGGACUCAUUGGAAGGGGACAUGAUUGACAACCUCUCUGGGUCCGUUUUUCACCACUACUGCUCUUCUCCCGUCUGCAAGAACUGCAAGAGUCACCCGCAAGAGAUCCGACUGGCAGAGGUGGAGCAGGCAUCACUGAUGUCAGAACAGCUGUCAGACAAAUCCUCAUCUCCAGCGUUACCCGAUGACCUCAGCCUGGAUGAACACAGCAGCUACCAGCUGCUUGUCAGAGACAGUCAGAGGGACAGCAGUGACUCCCACAGCUCAGAGGAGUUGCUCAUGCAGGGAGGCUGCAGGAGACCUUACCCCUCUAGUUCAGAAAGCGAAGAGUUCCUCCACCCACCUCUUAAUCCUCCUUCUCUGGAGCAGCACACCUCAGCACAUGAAAAAGAAGGCGAUGAAAACACACACAGUGGGGCUGCUGAUGUGGCUUCACCCAUGUUUCAGCUCCCAGCAGACUUUUUCCACCCAGCCGCCGCAGCGCGCUCAGUCGGUCACGGGGACAGCAUGAGGCCGAGGGACAUGGACCCGUCCCGGCUGGCGUCCCCCGCCUCCUGGGCCUCUCUUCGGUCUCCCGGAGCCAACAGCAGGCCUUUCAGCUCCCGGCAUCCAGCGCACAGCGACUCGUCCUUGGCCACGGGCAGUUCAGAUGGCAGCCUGCAGGCCGCGCCGGAUGAAGGGCUCGGCUUUGGCGUGUGCCCACCUCGACAUCUGGAUCUCCCCGUGCCCGUCCUCCGCCCUGUCCCCGCCGUUGCCUUGCGCCCUAAUGAACAGCCCUCAGGGGACUGGGGGCAGCCACCGCUGAGCGGACGGGGUUCUGCCACUCGGAGGAAACAGAGGAGCCACAGCAGCAGCGGCCCCGGCUGCCCCCAACAGGACUGCGUGGACCCUUCAGAUGAAGAGGCGGGCACAGGGACGGGAAGGGACGGCUGCCACCAGGCCCUCGGCAGCGAACACGUCUCAGAAACGCUCAACAGUCUGUCGCUCACGUCGCUGCUCGCCCCGGGCUCUCUGGCACCCACGGCGAUGAAGAAAUGCAACAGCACGGGAUCGAUAGACCGCUCAAACCUGUCCGCCCGAGGUAAAGACGGGCGACACAUGCGCGCCGCAGAUCCCCCCGGAUUCUCGUCUGCUCCUUGUAUUGAGGGGAGGGGAAAAGCGCCGCUGGAGGACAGUAACGCGACGAAGAGCGGCGCUCGGCAUGUCAACACAAGCGGCAGGAAGAAAAGAUGAAACGCACGUUGAUCUUCUGCCGCAGAACAGUGAAAUCCUCUGCGUUUUUGGUGUUUGAACGUAGCAGGAGGAGACUCCUCAACGCGUGUCCUUCGUUCAGUGCUCUGUUGUACUCUGUUGGGAUCAGUCAGUUCUUUAAAAGAUGCCUAAUUCUUUCCUUUUUGCACAGGAGAUGGUUACUUUCUGACAGGUUUUAGCAGUAAUUACCAGUCGAUUCACUUUUUUGUCUUUUUUUUGUUUUGUUUUGGCAUAGCCAGGACUUGGCUUUGAACUUUGUCAGUCUUGGGGCUUUCAUGAAAGAAGCAUUCAGCGAGCACAGGCCUGAAGUUGCAGUGAUUACUAUGAUGACAUUCAAUUACAGGAGACGGGGCUCCAUUGACCCCGUGUGCCCAGAGCCUUUGUGCAAAAACAAAACAGUCUUGCGUGACUGCAGACGACCUGUGGAGCUCCUUUUUGAGGAAACACUGAACUUUGUACAGCUAGUCUUUUAUUUUUUAAUAUCCACCGAUAACAGUAGCAUCCCCUUUUUUCCAAUCUUUGGUGAAUUUCAUAGAGUAAGACAGACUGUGUAUUUUUUAUUUUUUAGGCUAUUAUUAUUAUUUGUUCAUUUAUUAAUUUUGAAGACACACCGACCGGCCUCCGUUUGUGGGACAGAAAUACAAAGGAGUCUGACUUGAAGAAGAGACUCUUGUUGAAAAGAAUCCAUGAAUGCUGCUGAGAUUUAAAGUGAGGAGUAGGUGGGAGCAAUGUUCACUUUAACAAAGGGAACCAUUUUUACUUUUCAAGUGCAUAUGAAGGGCUAUAAUGUACUGAGGGCAAACCUGGGCUAAAUACUACGGUUAUUAUUCAGUUUUGCGAGAAAAUAUUAUCAAGGCACCUCCAUUGACCUGAAAGACCUCACGACUUUAGACCUGGAAAAUGUUGGCAAUAGUUGUUUCCAUACUAAAUGUUUUAAACCUCCAAAAUAUAUUUAAAAACAGUACGUAACCAUAGAAGUGAGAUCAUCAUUUUAUAUCAGAACAAUGGAUACUUUCACCAUCCCUGCAACAAGACAGUAGGUCCUUGUCAUCUGUUGGGGCAAGUCUUUGGAUAGGUUUAAAGGGAUCUGGUUUAAUCCGGUCUGACCAACUGAGCUGAAGCACAGCCUUCAUUAUCACUGUUUUCUUUGUUUUGGGGGAUUUUCUCCAUGGUUUCUCUUGCGAGUCUUAAUUGGCAGGGUGCUCAACAGUUUGGACCUUUGCUCUUUCGUACUUUUGCAGUUCGUUUGUUUUGUACGUCGCUUUGGGCGCAUUGUUGGUACCCAACUGUCCAUCAAGUCAUAGCAGCCUUAGGGAAUUUUCAUACCCGCAUCGGUAAGAAGGGAGUCCAGAUCAUUUUUGCUAACUCAUCGUCUACUGCAAAGAAAAGAAGUUGUGAUUUCAGCUGAGAGAACGAAUUGCGAUAGAGGCAAACUGAUCCAAAUUUUUGUUGUUUGUCUUAUUUUUUAGCAGGGCUAAUAUCUAGCUCAUUGGCUUGGAGAUGCCGUCGAUUCUUUGAGUUCCAAAGACACAUAUCUAACAAAAAUGAGUUCUGAAACGGUCGUCCUAAAGUUCUAUAUUACUGAUCCAAUCCAAACAGAACAUAAAGAGACCUCUGGCACGAGACUUAAACUUGCAGCAUGUAACAUUAUGGUAUGAGGCAGAUGACAUGCCUGUCUCAUAAAAAAAAAAAAAAUUGAGCUGUCAUUCACCCUCGUCCACACGCCGCUCAUGCACUUUCCAUCGCAGGCGUGGUCACUUCCGCGUUUUCCGUUUCCCUAAUAGAACAGUAACUUGUUUCUCUGCUGUUACCACAUUCAACAGCAUGUAAAUGAAGAUGACUGACGGCACGAAGUCCCUUCCCUUCACUCUGAUUGGUUGUUUUUGACCGGGAGCGGCACGUUCUUCAAACGGUGACAGUAGCUCAGGGACGAGGCGGAGGAGCCCCAUUUUGUCACACAUUAUCUGUCUCGUACCAUACUGUGACAGCAUGGUGACGGUGUUAAUAAAUAUUUAUUUUUUAAAAAGCACAGGUUUGGAUUCUUUUGACGAAGACUGCAGCCUCUUUACGCAGUCGGCCGCAUAGAUUUCCUUUACAAUCUAUGCGGUCGAGUCAGUUUUUCAAAAGUGAGCCCAAAAGUUAUUUGACCCAGGUCUGCUUGAGUGUAGCACGUCUUUAGAAAACAGCAAAGCAAGCAAUGUUGGUUAAAUUGAUGUUGUAUGUUUAUAUUUGAGCACUUGUGUCAACUAAAAGUGAUUACAAAUCGUUUAAUACAUGUCACAGUCCAUGAAUAUCCAACCAGAUACACCUCAGGUGGACAAAUGCACACACACAAAAAAAAAUCAUACCAUCGCAAAUAUCAAACGCCUUCAUACCAAGAUGUUGAUGUCGACACUGCAGGAUUUCUUUGUGCUUGUUUCAGACAAGAGAGAGGAAGCCUCGGUGUUUAUGAUCGCUGCUUUGUCUUCAUCCCCUUCGUUAAGCUAACCCAAUCGCAUUACCUCCCUUCUGCGAGGAAGUCGGCGAAUUAAAUGACUACCCCACCUCUACUUCAGAUAUGCAAUAUAUGCUGCGACGUGAUGAUGUACAGCUCGACGUGUGAGACUCAUAGAGACAGGCAAUAUGAAGAGAGGAGAUUGUAAUUUAUGAAUUUAUGUACUGGAAUAAAAUGUCACCAUCAUUCAAAAAGGUCACCGAAAGGAAGAUUGUGUAUUAAUGUAUUCUGAAUUGUGUGUUGUUGCCUUUCGCCGCCAUCUCGACCCAGUUUUAGUUGACCAAAAUGCAUGUUUUGUUUUCUUUCUUCCUUCCCCUUUUCUUUUUCUUUUAGUUUUCUUAAAUGUCAAACUUGUGUCAUAAAAAAAAAUGGAAUAGC